AUUCCUUUUUCAGGCUGCCUCAGGUGAGGUGGAAAACGAAGGAACUUCAAAUGGCGCAAUGAGAGAGAAGUAGCAAACAUCCGUCUAUAAAUUCAGACCGAAGCUUGUUCUUCUGCCAUUAAAGAUCCAGCUUCUCGUCUCCGUUCGCUCCUUCCAAAACUCUCUGGUUUCAUCUUCGGUUUUUCUUUCCUCUUUUCACGGGCUUCUCUUUGCCACUCAUUUGCUUUUCAAUCCGAAUUUCGGGGUUUCGUCUGGACGGGGCAGGACUGAGAAGAGAGGUGUAGGGGGCAAUUUAAGGUUAUUAGCUCGGUCUCGUGAGAUUUCAGAUAUUGUGAGGUCGAAGGGACUUUGCCUAUCUGCUGGUAGCGAAGCAACUUUUCUCGUGCUAUUGAUUUGUGCUUUCUAGCGGGGUAUAGAAAGAUGUCGAAGGCUGUGGCGAAGUUGCCGUCGAUGGACGCGCACUUACGGUUGCUGGCGCCGGCGAAAGUGUCGGAGGAUGACAAGCUGGUGGAGUACGAUGCGAUGCUCUUGGAUCGUUUCCUCGAGAUUGUUCAAGAUUUGCAUGGGGAGGGUAUCAGGGAGACGGUGCAAGAGUGCUAUGAAUUAUCUGCUGAAUAUGAGCGCACGCACGAUUCCAAAAAAUUAGAUGAACUGGGGAAUGUGCUGACAAGUUUGGACCCAGGUGACUCAAUCGUAGUUGCGAGUUCGUUUUCUCAUAUGCUUAACCUGUCAAACUUGGCAGAAGAGGUUCAGAUAGCACAGCGCCGGAGGACUAAGCCCAAGAAGGGGUAUUUUGAAUCCAAUCUUGAGGAGACCUUUAAAAGGCUUAUUGUAGAGCUUAAAAAGUCCCCAGAGGAAGUUUUUGAUGCUCUUAAAAAUCAAACUGUGGAUCUGGUUUUUACUGCGCAUCCAACUCAGUCAAUUAGAAGAUCUCUUCUACAAAAGCAUGGGAGGAUAAGGAACAGUUUAACUCAGUUGUGUGCCAAAGAUAUCACACCUGAUGAAAAGCAGGAGCUUGAUGAGGCCCUCCAAAGAGAGAUCCAAGCUGCCUUUAGAACAGAUGAAAUCCGAAGAACUCAGCCCCAACCACAAGAUGAGAUGCGGGCAGGGAUGAGUUAUUUCCAUGAGACAAUAUGGAAAGGUGUUCCUAAGUUCCUACGUCGUGUUGAUACAGCUCUGAAGAGCAUCGGGAUAAAUGAGCGUCUUCCGUACAAUGCGCCUCUUAUUCAGUUCUCUUCUUGGAUGGGAGGGGAUCGUGAUGGCAAUCCUAGAGUGACGCCGGAGGUGACAAGGGAUGUAUGCUUGUUAGCUAGAUUGAUGGCUGCAAACUUAUACUUCUCCCAAAUUGAGGAUUUAAUGUUUGAGUUGUCUAUGUGGCGAUGUAGCAACGAACUUCGAUUACGAGCUGAUGAACUGCAUCACUCGUCAAAGAAAGAUGCAAAACACUAUAUAGAGUUCUGGAAGAAGGUUCCUCCAAGUGAGCCAUAUCGUGUCAUACUUGGUGAUUUGAGAGAUAAGCUAUACAAUACACGAGAGAGAGCACGCCAAUUACUUUCGAACGGAGUUUCUGAUAUUCCUGAGGAAGCAACUCUUACCAAUAUCGAGCAGUUUCUGGAGCCCUUGGAGUUAUGCUACAGAUCACUUUGUGCUUGUGGCGAUAGUCCAAUUGCUGAUGGUAGCCUUCUAGACUUUCUGCGUCAAGUAUCCACCUUUGGCCUGUCUCUUGUGAGGCUUGAUAUCCGGCAGGAAUCUGAUAGGCACACUGAUGUUCUUGAUGCCAUUACCAGACAUCUUCAACUUGGAUCCUAUCGUGAAUGGCCGGAGGAAAAGCGACAGGAGUGGCUAUUAUCUGAGCUCCGUGGAAAACGGCCUUUAUUUGGUCCCGAUCUCCCCAAAACUGAAGAAAUUGCUGAUGUUUUAGGUGCAUUUGAUGUAAUUGCUGAACUUCCUUCAGAUGGCUUUGGAGCUUAUGUCAUUUCAAUGGCAACUGCUACAUCUGAUGUUCUGGCUGUGGAGCUAUUGCAGCGCGAGUCUCAUGUAAAGAACCCCUUGAGAGUUGUGCCACUUUUUGAAAAACUUGCAGAUCUUGAGGCAGCCCCUGCAGCUGUGGCACGGCUUUUUUCUAUAGAUUGGUACAGAAAUCGCAUCAAUGGAAAACAGGAAGUUAUGAUUGGAUAUUCAGACUCCGGCAAGGAUGCUGGACGUCUUUCUGCAGCUUGGCAGCUAUAUAAAGCUCAAGAGGAGCUUGUAAAAGUAGCCAAGGAAUAUGGAGUGAAGUUAACAAUGUUCCAUGGACGAGGUGGAACUGUUGGAAGAGGCGGCGGUCCUACUCAUCUUGCUAUAUUGUCUCAGCCUCCAGACACAAUUCUUGGAUCGCUUCGUGUUACGGUGCAGGGUGAAGUUAUCGAGCAAUCUUUCGGAGAGGAGAAUUUGUGCUUCAGAACGCUGCAACGUUAUACUGUUGCUACUCUCGAACAUGGAAUGCAGCUCCCAAUCUCUCCUAAGCCAGAAUGGCGUGCAUUGAUGGAUGAAAUGGCUAUUGUGGCCACAGAAGAAUUUAGAUCUAUCGUCUUCAAAGAACCACGUUUUGUUGAAUAUUUCCGCCUGGCAACACCUGAACUGGAAUAUGGUAGAAUGAACAUUGGCAGCAGGCCAUCGAAGAGGAAACCUAGCGGAGGAAUAGAGUCACUGCGUGCAAUCCCAUGGAUCUUUGCAUGGACUCAAACGAGAUUUCACCUUCCAGUUUGGCUUGGAUUCGGUGCUGCAUUUAAGCAUGUCAUCAAGAAGGACCCUAAAAAUCUUCUUAUACUGCGAGAGAUGCACAAUGACUGGCCAUUUUUUAGGGUUACAAUUGAUUUGAUUGAGAUGGUUUUCAGUAAAGGCAGCUCAGGCAUCGCUGCUUUGUAUGAUAAAUUGUUGGUGUCUCCUGAUUUAUUGCCAUUUGGAGAGCAGCUGAGAGCCAACUACGAAGAAACAGAAGACCUUCUUCUCCAGGUGGCUGGUCACAAAAGUCUUUUAGAAGGUGAUCCCUACUUGAAACAGAGACUCCGGCUCCGCGUCCCCUACAUUACAACUCUGAAUGUUUACCAAGCCUUCACACUGAAACGGAUCAGGGAACCAAACUACGCAAUACCUCAUAUAUCGAACGAGAAAUCGAAUUCCAACAAUACGGCUGCUGAACUGGUUAAGCUUAAUCCCACAAGUGAAUAUGCUCCUGGGCUGGAAGACACCCUUAUCUUGACCAUGAAGGGCAUAGCUGCGGGUUUGCAGAACACUGGUUAAAUUUCAUCAUCAUCUCCUAUGCUUAAUUUUAAAUAUAUGUGUAUCAUAAUACGUAUGCUUUACGAAUAUGUAUUUAUGUCACCACUUUCAUAUUUUCUGUGCACUUUGUGUCAAAAGUGUGGCUAUGUUUCUCCAGCGUCCUGUAUUUUAUUGACAUGAGAUGCACUCUAUCAUGUACUGUUGUAUCCGUAAUAAUAAAAUAAAGCUUGGGAGACUGGAAUCCCAUGCAAAAGCCUUCCUGUUAUGUCAA